GAGAGGUUCCCUGCUGCCGCGCCCGGUGUGCAUGCAGCGGUAACGGCUCCGGCCCGCCGCGCUGCUCGGGGCCGUCCCGGGCCGCUGGCGCCGGAGGGGGGGGCCGCGCCGGGCCCGGCCCGUGGGGGCAGAGGCAGGGGAGGGGGCGGCGAUGGGCAGAGCCCCCGCGGGGCGCCUGGCUGCCCGGCUGCCAGCGGCUACGGCCGGGGGGCUCCGCUAGGGCGGCCCCGGCAGCCCGGGGCUCCCCCCGCGGGCGGAGGCGAGGAUGCAGCACCCGCUGGAGUUGGGGGCCGCGCACUACUUCCCGGCCGAAGCCUUCCCCGACCACCGCUCUCACCGCUACCGCAGCUUCAUGAUCGAGGAGAUCCUCACUGACCCGCCGGACACCAAGGGGGCCGCGCCGGCCGGGGAGCUGCUCAAGUUCGGAGUGCAGGCUCUGCUCUCCGCCCGGCCCUACCACAACCACCUCGCGGUGCUGAAGGCGGAGCCGGCCGCCGUGUUCAAGUUCCCGCUGGCUCCCUUGGGCUGCUCGGGGUUGGGCUCGGCGCUGCUGGCCGCCGGCUCGGGGCUGCAGGGCGGCUCCGCCUCGCCCCAUCUCCCGCUGGAACUGCACCUCCGCGGCAAGCUGGAGCCGGGCCACCCGGAGCCGGGCAGUAAGGCCAAGAAGGGGCGCCGCAGCCGCACCGUCUUCACCGAGCUGCAGCUCAUGGGGCUGGAGAAGCGUUUCGAGAAGCAGAAAUACCUCUCCACGCCCGACAGAAUAGACCUGGCCGAAUCGCUGGGGCUCAGCCAGCUCCAGGUGAAAACCUGGUACCAGAACAGGCGCAUGAAAUGGAAGAAAAUAGUGUUGCAGGGGGGCGGCCUGGAGUCCCCCACCAAGCCCAAGGGCCGCCCCAAGAAGAACUCCAUCCCCAGCAGCGAGCAGCUCUCGGAGCAGGAGCGAGGCCGGGACGCCGAGAAGCCUCCCGAGGGCCUGGGCUCGGCGGCGGAGGUCAGCCAGGAGGAGUGAGGCUGCCCAGGAGGCCCCGGCCGCCCCCCGGGGGCUGCCCGCCUGUCCCGCACCUUCCCGCGGCGGCCCGGGGGGGAGAGAACGGGGGCAGCACUGUUAGUGGGUACGCUCGCCUUCGUUCCCCGGUUAAUUGGGCGGUUCGGUCGGUCGCGCCCCUGUCUCUUCCCUCCCCAACCCCUCCGCCCUGCUCCUCUCCGCGCCCGCGGAGCGCUGCGCCACGGCCACCUGCGUUGUGCGACGGCCCGGAGGGGCCAGGAGGACACUGGAUCCCAUCUUCCGCAUCUACUCGCUGUCUAAAACCCUGUGGUGCCCCUAGUUAUUCGAAAACUGCAUUUUAUGAUCAGUUUUAUUCAUGGAAGAUAUUUACUUUAUUUCAAUAAAGUAUUUUAUGAACUAUU